AUGAAAGGCAUAGAACUGAUGGAGUUGAUGGAGCUGUGUCCUGAGGCAAAGAUAAUUCUCAGUGUGCGUGACACGCAAACGUGGUAUGAGAGUGUAAAAGAUACUGAUUUCAGUGCUUACAAUGAUCCUUGUGAUCAAUCAGAGCUUACCCUAAAUAAAUUGACAGUGUGGGAAGGAUUGUUUGGUGGGAGGUUCGAAGACAGAGAAUACGCCAUGAGUGUGUACGAGGCGCAUGUGGAAGCUGUGAAAACUUACGUGCCUGCUCAUAAAUUACUUAUAUUCAAUGUAAAGGAAGGAUGGCCUCGUCUCUGCAAUUUCUUGGGUGUUCCUCUGCCGCCAGCUGAUUUACCGUUUCCUCACGUCAAUGAUUCAACACAGUUCAACGAAAUUCAUUUUGCAAAUGUAGAAAAAAUUCUAGGCGGGUUUAAGAGAACAUGA